AUGUUUCAAUUGGAUAUCAAUAAUGCAUUUUUGUAUGGUGACUUUGAUGAGGAAAUGUACAUGAAACUUCCCCAUGGUUUAGUUUCUAGUUCUGCUUCUCUGCCUUCUUCCUCUUUAGUGGGCAAAUUACAGAAGUCCUUAUAUAGACUCAGACAGGCUUCUAGGCAAUGGUAUGCUAAAUUAUCUCAUGCUUUAUGUUCCAGAGGCUAUUCCCACUCCUUGAAUGAUUAUUCCUUUUCUGUUAAAAAGUGUGGAUCUUCUAUUGUAUUGAUUGUUGUAUAUGUAGAUGGCAUUAUUCUCACUGGUAAUGAUCUGGAUGAGAUAUCUUCCUUGAAAGCCUUUCUGGACUCUCAGUUUAAAAUCAAAGAUUUAGGUGUUCUCAACUAUUUCUUGGGGAUAAAAGUCUCUUACUCCUUUUAUGGUCUUCUGCUUCAUCAAAAGAAGUUUAUUAGAGAUUUGUUGCAUGCCUACGAUUGUGAACUGGUGUCUCCAGUGGUCUCCCCUUUGGACCUGUCGACCAAGUUGAAGGCUGACUAUAGUGACCUUCUCCCUUCACCAGAAUCUUAUAGAAGUUUAGUUGGUAAGCUCAACUUCUUGACACACACAAGGCCUGACUUAUGCUUUGCAGUCCAACACUUAAGUCAGUUUCUUCAAACUCCUAGGUUUCCGCACAUGCGGGCUGAUUGCCCUGAUAUUCGCAAAUCUGUUACUGGUUUUUGCAUCUUCUUGGGAGGUUGUCUUGUUGGAUGGAAGGCUAAGAAACAACCUGUAGUCUCCCUUUCUUCCACUGAAGCUGAAUAUCACGUCAUUUCAAAGGUUGUUGCUGAACUUUCUUGGGUGGCUCGGCUGUUGUCUGAUUUUGGCAUUCCUACUACUACUGUUAUCCCUGUAUUUUGUGAUAAUCAAGCUGCGAUCCACAUAGCCAAGAACCCUGUUUUUCACGAGCGCACCAAACACAUUGAGGUGGAUUGCCAUUUCAUUCGGACCAAGUUUACUGAAGGGCCCAUCUCCUUGCACCAUUUCCACAUCUGCACAAUUGGCUGA